AUGGACGAAUAUUUCAAGCGCAAUUCUUCGGAAUGGAAUAUUUCAGACUUUUUGGAAGAAUGUGGCAUAGAAGAAUUUUAUCAGAAAAUAGAAAGUUACCUUACGUCCCUCAGGACCAUCGCUAAUUCUCAGCAAGGCAAAAGGAGCGAACGAGCACAAGACCAGCCGGGGCCAGAUUAUAAAUUGGCGCGAGAUUGGUUGAAAAAUCACAAUAAACCAGCCAAAGUCGGUGUUCACUUAAACAAUUCAACAAUUACGGCCAUCAACAGCAACAUUGGGAGUAAAAGUUACAUCGGUGGAACGGUAAAUGCCAGUGGGAAAUUGCCUCAAAAAAGAAAAUCGGAGAAUGAAAGCCAGGCAGAACCGGAUGAGAAGAGUCUAAACCCAGCAAAAAUGUGGACCCUUGAAUCAUCUGGCCAUAUUGUUGAGAAGAUCAUUUAUGAACAUGCACGAACUUUAAAGCAUGAAUCUCAUUUACAUUCCUUUAUUCUAAAUGAUAUCGAUAAGAAAGCACAAUCAUUAUUCCGGGAAGAAGAGUGGGAAGAAAUAUUCUCUUUAAAUCUUAAAGUUGUACCGAAAAUCGAUAAAUCAAUUACUGAGCUCAUGAAAAAAUAUUCGGUAGCUAAUUUACCCUCAUUUCGAAAAACCAUCUUCGAACCCUUUCUACCUCCCAGCAUCUCGUACUCCAACAAGGACCAUUUUUACUUAAAUUAUAUUAACCAUGCAUAUCGUGCAAUACACACUCUUUGGGAAGAAAACGAAAACUUUACUAUGAAUCCAUCAUCAAGAUUGGAAGGGUGGUACCAACACAAUAUAUGGAGUCCCAUAAUUGACCCAGCGUUUCGUAAUUUUGAGAUUGAUCUUAUACGUGGAGAAGGCUCAAGUAUGGCAUCUAGUGAUAGAAAAAAUGAUGACACGGAUUGUGAGGAAGAUCGAAAGAAGAUCGGAAGGAAAGGAGAUGGGGUGUUUAGAUUGAAUGGAGAUAGGUUAGAAUUUGGGGCUAUUGAGGCGGGAAAGAAAUGGGAAGGAAGAAACGGAAGAAAAUACAUUACUGAUAGCUUGAAACUUAUUGGUAUGUUACAUAGUGCCAAUCGAUUUCAACUCCUUAUCUUGGAUGUUCCAAAGGGAUCUAUUUGUCGAAUUCGACGUUUUGACUUUCACGAAGUUGCUAGCCAUAUAAAUAAUCCACCACUAGCAUAUGUACUAAAAGACAUUUUAAGAGCAAGGGCAAUUAUGAAACAGACAUUAGAAUUAGUGCAAGAAAAGAAAUCUGCUCUCGAUGAUCUCGAUGAUUUUGAUGACGAUGAGAGGGAAGUUAAUAGAUCAGAACG